GACAGUGUAUAUUAUUAUUCUGUUACUGAAUUAUAUAUAUGCACUGAGAGUUAAAGUGUUGAGUUCAGAGAAUCAUAAACAUCUAGAAUUUCAAUAUGGAAGAUAAUAGUAUCAAUAUGUCAGGCUUUUGCAUGAGAUCUGGAAGUAGUACUAGCAGUGGCACGAAGUGUGGACGUUGGAAUCCAACGACAGAACAAGUUAAACAUCUGACUCAACUUUUUAGAGCAGGGCUCAGAACUCCAAGCACUGAUCAAAUUCAAAAGAUAUCAAAUCAACUCAGUUUUUAUGGUAAGGUUGAGAGCAAGAACGUGUUCUAUUGGUUUCAAAAUCAUAAGGCUAGAGAAAGACAAAAACGUCGAAAGGUUUCUUUUGAUGAUGACAACAUUGAGAAGGAUGUUAUUGUUCAUCAUAGAGACAACUCCAUGCAUGCUUCUACACAACAACUUGUUGAGAUGUACUCAGAGCCUAAUAGGGUGAUUGAGACUCUUGAGCUUUUUCCAUUGAACUCCUUUGGUGAAUCAGAAUCAGAGAAGUUGAGUAUGCAUGUAAAUGAAAGCAUGGAAAGUUCAAUAUUUGCAUACACAUGUACAAUGGGUGAGCAAAUGGAGCAUGAGCAUCCACCAUUAGACUUGCGGUUGAGCUUUGUGUAAAACAGUUACAAUCUUCUGUAACAUGGAAGUAGCUUUAACAGUAAUGUUUAAUUAUCUAGUGAUUAAUUUUACAUUACAUGCCUCUUCAACUUGGUAGUAUGUGAUAUACUCUGUUGGAGUGUAGUUGGAUAUUGAUUAUAAAGAUGA